UCUCCGUCUCCGUCGCCGUCGCCGCCGCCGCGCCCUCGCGAUCGCGUCGGCAAUGGCGUCCACGUCCGCCGCGGAGCCUGGCAUCCGCUUCUCCGACCGAACGAGGAGGUCGUCGGCGAUGAGCUUGAGGUCUAUGGUGCUCCUGAUGCACGUCGUCUUCGUCGGCGCCGUCUUCCUGCUCGAUCCGACGCUUGACAGGCGAAUCCGCGAGGAGCCCUGGUACAUAGGGGCAUAUGGAGCGCUUGUUUUGAUCACCAUGGUGCAGUAUUUCUACACAGCUGGUUCAUCUCCUGGAUAUGUUAUUGAUGCGAUGAAAGCUGAGUCCACGAUGCACGCAACCUACAUCAAUACUGCUACUCUUUCGAAACAAUCAAGUCCAAACAAUGGAAGCUUAAAUUCCCCUUUGAGCCUCCCUCAACAGCAGAAGCUUAAUCCGGGUACUUCUACAUCAUCAUGGUUGCAGCGAGUUGCAGAUUUAUACCCCUCUGGGUCAGGUAGCAGGGAUUGGACUUGCACUUACUGCAGGGUUAUUCAGCCACCUCGUACCAGGCACUGCCAUGACUGUGACAAAUGUGUCCUUCAGUUUGAUCAUCACUGUGUUUGGCUUGGAACAUGCAUUGGGAAAAAGAACCACUGCAGGUUUUGGUGGUACAUAUUUGAAGAAACAAUCCUAUGUAUCUGGACAGUUGCUCUGUACAUCGACUCAUUACAUUUAGACAUUGACAAGGCCUGGUGGAAGGAUUUUAUUGGCGUAAUCCUGGUGGCUGUGUUGAUCUUUAUUCUCAUAUUCUUGCUGCUAUUGUUGAUUUUUCACACUUACAUCGCUCUUACGAAUCAAACAACCUACGAAGUUGCCAGAAGGAAGCGGAUAUUUUACUUGAGGGGUAUACCCGACAAAGUUCAUCCAUUUAGUAAAGGCAUCUGUAGGAACAUCUACGACUUCUGCUUCUCCAGAGAGAAGGGAUAUGUUCUGGAAGCUGUGCCACCACUUGAAGAGUUGGAAGCUAGAGCUGCUCCCUACACAUGCCGUGAUAUAAUUUGCUGCCGGUGCUGUUGAUCUUGUACAUGUCAAUAUAUGUUACACUAGUACAGCAUUCUUUUUUAUCUGCUUAGCCUGUGUAGUGUAAUUCCUCAGCUUUUUCCCCCUAUGAAAUUAAGCAUGCCUGUUUCGUGAGCUGCACCUACCUAUAGAUGUCCUCAGAGAGUCAGUCAGGCUUGGGUUGUUCAUGUAAAGUACAUGACUGCAUGUACAUUUU